AGCCUGGCUGUGGAUGUGGCCGGCUCUUACAUCGGCCUCAGACAGCAGCUCUGCACACACAAGAGGUUUCAGGCAGAGCUGGUCACUGGUCACCAGAUCCUUCACUCAGUGAUCGCUGAAGCUCUUCACCUGCUGCAGAAAGGAGAGGUGGAGGACAGGAGUGACUUCAUCCUGAAGCUCGCCCAGCUCAGGGAGCACUGGCAGGGGGCGGUGCAGCGGGCCGACCAGCGGCGCUCCCUGGUGGAGGGGCUGGUGAAGCAGUGGCACCUGUACAGCCGCAGCCUGAGGAAGCUGCAGAGGUUCCUGUCGGAGACACAGACCCUCCUUCCACCUGCCACACCUGCACACUGCAGCCUGCAGCAGCUCCGCCGCUCCCUCCAGGACCUCCAGCACACAGAGCUGCUGUUCCAGAGGUAUCAGUGCAGUUUCAUCCACACUCUGGAAGUCGGCCGGCAGCUCUUCUCAAUGGGGGACGAGGGGACCCAGACUCAGCUGCAGACAGAUCUGGGAACCCUGCAGGAGGAGUGGGACAACUUGCACAGCCUGCUGGGCCGCAGGAUGGACCUCACCGAGGCUAUCGUCAAGAACUGGGAGCGCUGUGAGGCCGGACUGGCGGACAGCAUGCUGCAGCUGAAGGACGUGAAGACCAGACUGAACCAGUCCAUGCCGGGCUGUGACGAUGAGCUGCAGAGCGCCGACAAGAACAACAAGGAGAACGAGGACUCCCUGGAGGACUGGGCUGAGAGCCUGACGGAGCUGAGCACCAUGAAGACGGAUCUGUCCCAGUACAUCAUCGCCGACGACGUCCUGUUGCUGCAGGACCAGGUGGAGCACCUGCACUGUCAGUGGGAUGAACUCUGCCUCAAGGUGUCUCUGCGAAAACAGGAGAUCGCCGAUCGUCUGAAUGCGUGGAUCAUUUUCAAUGAGAAGAACAAAGAGCUGUGCGAGUGGCUGACGCAGAUGGAGAACAAGGUGGCGCACAAUUCGGACCUCAACAUCGAGGAGAUGGUGGAGAAACUCAAGAAGGAUUGCAUGGAAGAGAUCAACCUGUUCAGUGAGAAUAAAACUCAUCUGAAGCAGCUCGGGGAACAGCUCAUCACAGCCAGCAACAAGACGAAAGAGACGGAGAUCAACGACAAGCUGAAGGACAUCAAUGACCGCUGGCAGCAUCUGUUUGACCACAUAGAGGCCAGGGUGAGGAAGCUGAAGGAGACGCUGGUGACGGUGCAGCAGCUCGAUAAGAACAUGAGCAACCUGCGGACGUGGCUGUCUCGCAUCGAGGCGGAGCUGGCCAAGCCGGUGGUCUACAACGUCUGCCACAGCGAUGAGAUUCAGAGGAAACUGGCCGAGCAGCAGGAUCUGCAGCGGGACAUUGAGCAACACACGGAGAGCGUGGCCUCGGUGCUGACGCUCUGUGACGUCCUGCUCCACGAUGCGGACGCCUGCGGCAGCGACUCGGAGAAUGACUCGAUCCAGCAGACCACCCGCAGCCUGGACCGACGCUGGAGGAACAUCUGUGCCAUGUCCAUGGAAAGGAGGAUGAGGAUCGAGGAGACGUGGCGUCUCUGGUGUAAGUUCCUGGACGACUUCUCUCGUUUUGAAGACUGGCUGAAGACAGCUGAGCUCACUGCAGCGAACCCGGACUCUGCCGACGUCCUCUACACCUGCGCCAAGGAAGAGCUCAAGAAGUUUGAGGCGUUCCAGCGGCAGGUUCACGAGCGUCUGACUCAGCUGGAGCUGGUCAACAAACAGUAUCGCCGCCUGGCCCGGGAGAACCGAACUGAUGCCGCCAGCAAGCUCAAAGUCAUGGUCCACGAGGGGAACCAGAGAUGGGACAGCCUGCAGAAGAGGGUGGCUGCUGUUCUCCGCAGACUCAAGCACUUUACCUCUCAGAGAGAAGACUUUGAGGGAACUCGUGAGGGGAUCCUGGUCUGGCUGACGGAGAUGGACCUCCAGCUCACCAACGUGGAGCACUUCUCCGAGAGCGACAUCGAAGACAAGAUGAGACAGCUGAACGGCUUCCAGCAGGAAAUCACCCUGAACACCAACAAGAUCGACGCCCUGAUCGUGUUUGGGGAGAACUUGAUUCAGAAGAGCGCUCCUCUGGACGCCGUGCUGAUCGAGGACGAGCUGGAGGAGUUGCACUCCUACUGCCAGGAGGUGUUCGGCAGGGUGGCUCGCUUCCACCACCGCCUCGUCAACAGACGCCCGGUUCUGGAGGAGGAGCGGGAGCUGUCAGACCGGGACACAGACCUGGAAGACUCACCUGAUCUCACUAACGGGACUUCCUGGGGCGAAGCGAGGAAGAAGGAGGGAGGUGAGGAGGUACCAGCAGGAGGUGGAGCCUCAGCUGGACGGCAGGUCAUGUGCCACCUCUUAGUGCCGCCUCUGGAGCGGUCAGGAAGAGAGACCCCCGUCAGCGUGGACUCCAUCCCACUGGAGUGGGACCACACCGUGGACGUGGGCGGUUCGUCGUCACACGAGGAUGAUGAAGACACAACCUUCUUCAGCGCUCUGUCAGAUGUGAAGGUCACAGAGAGCUCAGAGUCGAUUGUUAAAGCGACUGUCAGAGCUGUGAAAGCUGCCUCGGUGAAGUCAGUGACCGACCCGCCCAGCUGGCACCAGCCGGGCUCCCCCGAGAGGAAACGAGUCCCCCGAGAAAUGAUCCAAGGCCUGAGCUCGUCCCCCACACACUCCAGCACUCCUUUCCACCAGCAGGGCUACGCCAAGCUGAUGUCUGAGUGCAGCGGCAGCAUCAACAGCUUGAAGAGAGUCAAGCUGAUCCUCAACGAUGACGAGGAGCUGGAGGAUCCAGGUCUGACCAGCAGCACGGCCGACAAACAGACCAGCACAGGUGUGAUCGAGCGCUGGGAGCUGCUCCAAGUACAGAAGUUCAACAAAGAGACGGACAUUAAGCAGGACCUGGAGCAGUGGCAGAAGCUGAACUCUGACCUCUGUGAUGUCACUUCCUGGUUGGGCCGGGUGCUGCCUGAGCUGGAGAGGCUACAGCGCAUCGCACCGUCCACCAGCAUCCGAGACAUCGAAGUCAACAUCAGGAAACUGAAGGAGAUGCAGAAGACCUUCAACAGCUACAAGUGUCUGAUGAUCUCCGCCAACCUGAGCAGCCGUCACUUCCUGCGGGGCGACAGCGCCGAGCUGCGGGAGCUGCAGGACGCCCUGAGCUCAGCCAAUCACAGCUGGACGCAGGCCUGCAGCGGCCUGGAGAGCUGGGAGAGGAGGCUGCACUCUGCACUCAUGCAGUGUCAGGAGUUUCAUGAGACGCUGCACUCGCUGCUGUUGUGGCUCUCUCAGGCCGAGAACAGACUCAGCGCUGUGAAUGUCAGCGACCAGUCGUCGUCACGUUUUGCUCUGCUGGAGCAUCGAGACACGCUAACGGCUCUGCAGGAGGAGCUGUGCAGCCACCAGCGGCAGGUCUCCUCCCUGCAGGAGAUCUCCUCUCAGCUCCUGCUGGAGACCACCGGAGAAGACAGCAUUGAGGCCAAGGAGAAGGUCCACGUCAUCGGCAACAAACUGCACCUCCUGCUGCGACAGGUGGCUGCUGACCUGCACACACUGCAGGAAAGACUGGAAAUCUGCUCAACCAGCUCAGAAAUGGACAGCAUUGGUCUGGGAACACUCCACUCUCCUCUGCAGCCGUACAAGGAGGAGGCUGCAGGUCUACAGGCAGCUGCAGUUGGACAGCCUGCAACUAGAAGGGAGGAGAGGAGGGAUUCUUCCCCACAGCGACCCUUCUUCUACCGGGUUCUACGAGCUGCCUUCCCCUUGCACCUGCUCUUCUUCGUGCUGCUGGUUCUGGCCUGCCUGGUGCCUCUGUCUGAAGAGAACUACAGCUGUACACUGUCCAACAACUUCGCCCGCUCCUUCUACCCUAUGCUGCGCUACACCAACGGCCCUCCGCCCACAUGAAAACUGCCACGAUGCUCAGCAAGUUCUCCUGAUGA